AAAAUAUGGUAAAUUUUCAUUUUUUAAAAAUGAAGUUUACUAUUUUUACAGAAGAUUUGGUGCCUUGGUGGGUUGACCCGGAUCCGAAAUCUGCUUAUAGCUCUAUCAGUUGUCAUGACGCACAGGUACAAAUGCUCCUGGCGCAUCUUACUGCUCGUUAAAACAGCCUUUAUUCUUCUUCAGCUCCCGCACCACUUCCCCAUUGCCUUGGCUCUCAACCCAAAACUUCACCGGCGGCAAACUCUAGCUCACCUGCACCGACUCCGGCCGCGUUCUUCAUCGAGUUGCAUUUCACGUGCCGCGACGGUCGUAAAUACUAAUUGUAUCUAAGCUUUUACUUACCAUCCCAUGGCCUAAAACCAACUGAUUUAGCGGUUCGUCAAAUUGAACCGGUUUGGCCUCUAAAUUCCCCAAAUCUAAAACCCUACUGAACUCAAAUACAUACUUUGUUUGCUUCCAAUCUCAACUAUGCUUUCUCGUCUCCUCCCUAAACCCUCCCAUUUUCGUCUAUUUUACAAUCUUUCUUCAAAAUCCCAUUUCUAUCCCUCCUCACCUCAGUCCUCCAAUUUGAAUCUCCUCCUCAGAUCAUUUUCCACAAAUAAUAGUAACAACAAUAAUAAUAACAGCAGCAAAGGCCAAUCGACCCCUAACAUAUGGAAACUUUCUCCAGAAAGUGAUGAGAAAUUCGACUCAUUUUUCACCGAAAAUUCCACCAAUGGCCCUGCUGGAAUUACUGAUUCUCCGCCUGCUGAGGAAGAUUCAUGGUUGAAGGAGAAUGACGGCGAUGAUGACAGAGAUAUAUUUGAGGCAGAUGAUAAGGAGUCAGGGGAGAGGAAUGGCGGUGAUGGUAACAAUGAGUGGCUAACAUCGGAGGGGUACGAGGUGUGGAAUUUAGAUGAGAAGGAAGAGGAGAAAGAUAAUGUGUUCGAUAUUGGAGAGGUUGCAUCGCAUGCUAGUGAAACUGGGAGUGAGACUGUUGUGCAUGUGAAGAGUGAGGAUAGCGAAGACCAGAAAAUGCUCGAGGAAGAGGAGAAGGAGCUCACUGCCAUUCUUAAAGGUCCAAAUCGUGCGUUUGGUGACCUAAUCGCAGCAUCCGGAAUCACAGAUGCUAUGCUGGACAGUCUGAUUGCCCUGAAGGAUUUUGAAGGGGUUGAGGGUUUGCCUCCUCUAAGUGAAAUUGAGGACAUGCGUUAUGCAUCGAGCACCAGAAAAUCUACUAGGGCAGAAAUAGAGCGUCAGAAGCAGGAGGAAGUAGCAAAAGCUAGAGUAAGACAAGUAGAUGACAAAGGUAGAGCUUAUGGAACAGGAAGAAGGAAGUGUAGCGUGGCUCGUGUUUGGGUUCAGCCAGGCACUGGAAAAUUCUCAGUUAAUGAUAAAGAAUUUGAUGUCUAUUUUCCAAUGCUUGAUCACCGUGCUGCCCUGUUGCGACCCUUUUCUGAGACAAAGACUUUGGGUCUCUGGGAUGUCAAUUGUACGGUUAAAGGAGGUGGUGUUUCAGGUCAAGUUGGAGCUAUCCAGCUGGGGAUCAGCAGGGCCUUACAAAGUUGGGAACCAGAUUUACGUCCUCCCCUAAGAAAUGCUGGUUUCUUGACGAGGGAUCCACGUGUGGUUGAAAGGAAAAAACCAGGAAAGGCGAAAGCAAGAAAGAGCUUUCAAUGGGUCAAACGUUGAUCGAUUAUCAGAAGAUUGCUGUUAUAGACAACCAUUUUUGUAUCAAAAUCUGAUAUUCACAUUACUACUCAGUAUCUUGGAGAUUUGUUAGCUUGCCUCAAAUUUCUUUUGUAACGUAGCUCGUACCCCAUAUUUACACCAUGAUUUUUGGAAGAGCCUGUUAAAGUUUUUUGUUAUUUACCCCAAUUCUCUAUUUCCCCUUGCUUUUUCAACACGUUAACCUGUCUUGGGCAAUAAAAGGAGGAUUAAGGUUUUAUUUAA